UAACCUCUGACUUCACGUUUUCUUCGCACAUUUCUCUUCUUUUCGAUCUUUCCCUCCCUUUUCUCUACGCUCAUUUUUUCCCAAGAAAAUAACCUUAAGAAAAGGAGGAAAAUAAGAAUAUUAUGCCUGCCGGCUUCUCUCUCCUGUCUCUUCCGCCGGAUACCUGACGACCCCCUCUUUGCCGGAGUCAGCAUGCCGCCAUCAACCGCCAUGGUCAACGGUAUCCGCGUCACCAAUAACCCCGCCGAACGGCCCGCCGCGGAAUGCCUGAGCAACCCGGAGUGGCCGUUCGGACGGCUUGACGGCCUCGACGCGGAUGAUUUCCGGGAAGCUGCGUACGAGAUAUUUUUCACGGCGUGCAGGUCGUCGCCGGGAUUCGGUGGCCGGACUGCGAUAUCAUAUUACAGUCCAUCCGAAGGAGGAGACGGAAGCGGGUCUGGAGCGGGUCAUGAUUCUGGAAACAGCUGGUCACCAAGGAAGUAUAGGUACCCGGGCAGGGCGUAGGAAUGGCGGUGACAAGCAGGGUGAAGCGGGCGCUAGGGUUGAAAAUGUUGAGGCGGUCGCCAUCCCGGAGAGCCAACUCGUGCGGGUCAUUGCCGUCGUCACCCAACUCCGGCAACGGUGGAUCUCCAAGGAUGAACUUCACGGUGCCAGGGCGGGGGAGGCGGCCGAUGACAUCGGCUGAGAUCAUGCGAAGGCAAAUGAAAGUGACGGAGCAAAGUGAUAAUCGGCUACGUAAAACUCUCAUGCGUACUCUUGUUGGCCAGAUGGGCAGGCGGGCAGAGACGAUCAUCCUUCCACUGGAGCUUCUCCGCCACCUCAAACCCUCCGAAUUCAACGACCCCCGCGAGUACCACAUCUGGCAGCAACGCCAGCUCAGGAUUCUCGAGGCCGGAAUCCUCCUCCACCCCGCCGUCCCUCUUGAAAAGUCCAACCCAUCCGCCGCCACUCUCCGGAACGUCAUUCAGUCCGCCGACGCCAAGCCACUCGACACCGGGAAAAACUCUGAGCCCAUGAGAAACCUCGUCAACUCCGUCGUCUCCUUAGCCUGGAGAAACGCCGACGACGGCUCCACGGCCGCCGACAUUUGCCACUGGGCCGACGGAUACCCUCUCAACAUUCACAUCUACAUCGCCCUCCUCUCCUCUGUUUUUGACACGAAAGAUGACACCUUGGUCCUCGACGAGGUUGAUGAGUUGCUGGAGCUCAUGAAGAAGACUUGGUCAACUCUGGGGAUAAACAGGUCAAUUCACAACUUAUGCUUCACUUGGGCUCUUUUUGAGCAGUACUUUAACACAGGGCAGGUUGAGCCUGAUCUUCUUGGAGCAUCUCUGGCUAUGUUAGCUGAAGUUGCAAAUGAUGCCAAGAAACUGGACAGGGAACCCAUUUAUGUGAAGAUGUUGGAUAAGGUUUUGAGUUCAAUGAAAAGAUGGUCAGAAAAGAGGUUGCUUGACUAUCAUGGCAGUUUUGACAAGGGAAAUGUUGGUUUGAUGGAAAGUGUUCUUCCAUUGGUUUUCUUGGCCACAAAAAUCUUGGAAGAGGAUGUUCCUGGUUAUGUCAUUAACAAUGGUGUUGGAGAUAGAACAGCAGGAAACAGGGUGGAUCACUACAUCCGGUCUUCCAUGAGAAGUGCAUUUGCAAAGGUGUUGGAGGAUAUGAACAUUAAUGGCACGAUGUUUGAGAUGCAAGAAGUGAGUGACACCCUAAUAAAGUUAGCAAAUGUGACAGAAGAGUUGGCAGCUAAGGAGAAAGAUAUUUUCAGUUCUUCACUUAAGAAAUGGCACCCAGUUGCAGUUGGAGUUGCAGCCGUAACGCUACACACGUGCUACGGGACUUUGCUAAAGCAGUACCUUGCGAGCGAAACAUCUAUCACGAAUGAGACAGUUCAAGUCCUGGAGAGAGCCGGAAAGCUAGAAAAUAUGCUGGUUCAAAUGGUGGUUGAGGACUCAGUUGAAUGCGAGGAUGGUGGGAAAGCCAUUGUGAGAGAAAUGGUUCCAUAUGAAGUUGAGUCGAUCAUAUUAGGUCUGGUUCGACAAUGGAUUCAAGAUAAGGUGAAGAUUGGUAGGGACAUUCUUGAGAGAGCAAAAGACACAGAGACAUGGAACCCAAAGUCCAAGAAUGAGCCAUAUGCUCAAUCUGCGGUAGAAUUGAUGAAGCAAGCUAAAGAAGUGGUAGACAACUUCUUUGAACUUCCGAUUAGCAUAACAGAAGAUUUAGUUCAGAAUUUAGCCGAGGGCAUGGAGCACGUUUUCUGCGACUACAUUGCCUUUGUUGAAUCAUGUGGAUCGAAACAGAACUAUGUUCCUACUCUCCCUCCACUAACAAGAUGUAGCCAAGACUCACGUUUUUUCAAGCUAUGGAGGACGAGUUCAUGUACCAUAGGUGUGUACAGUGACAACCAUCGUUUCAUUAGCAAUGCCAAUCAAGUGCGCCCAUCCACAAGCCGUGGAACACAACGCUUAUACAUUCGACUCAACACUCUACAUUAUGUUCUUUCGCAACUUCACGCCAUCGAUAAAACACUUGCCCUCAAUCCAAGAGUUGUCCAAUCUACAACCAUUCGCCGUUCGAAAAGUAACCUAUCGAGCUCCAUUUCAUUCUUCGAACAAUCACGGACAGCCAUUCGGGCAGCAGUCCAACACGUGUCUGAAGCUUCAGCGUACCGUCUAGUUUUCCUUGACUCAAACUACGUAUUCUACGGAAGUUUAUAUGUGGAGGAUGUAGAGAAUGCACGAAUACAACCCGUUUUGAGAGUACUAAAGCAAAACCUCACACUCUUGUGUGCAAUCGUCACAGAACGGGCCCAACCAAUGGCGAUCAAAGAAGUGAUGAAGGCUACUUUUGAGGCAUACCUCAUGGUUUUGCUUGCUGGUGGAUCUUCGAGAGUGUUUUGUAGAAGUGAUCAUCAUAUGCUCGAGGAAGACUUUUGUAGCCUAAAAAAGAUGUUUUACACAUGUGGGGAAGGAAUGGUGGUGGAAGAUGUGGUGGACAGGGAGGCGGAGACCGUGGAAGGGGUACUAUCUUUGAUGAGCCAAUCGACCGAGCAAUUGAUAGAAGACUUCAACACUAUGGUGUGUGAAACUGGCCAGAUAGGGGUUGCAGGUGCGAUGGUGCAAAAGGUGUCAAUGCCUCCCACAACAGGAAAAUGGAGCAGAACAGAUCCCAAUACAAUCUUAAGAGUGCUUUGUUACAGGAAUGAUAAAACUGCCAAUUUUUUCUUGAAGAAAACUUUCCACUUGGCAAAGAGGAGGGGUUGAAAUAUGGGUACCGAAGAACUAACACUUUAUUGUACAUACUAAUAUGAUAACAAAAUCAGGACAAAGAAUUAAAAGAAAGACAAGUAUGGACAUGCAUUUCGUGAAAUUAAGAUUCAAUGGUGAGAUAUUUCUUAUUUGGUUGUAUCAUCAAGUCAUUGGUGUGGGUUGAGAGACAUUGUAAUGGUUUUUGUGUUUUCUUUAUUUUGUCUUAGAGAUUAGAGUAGGCAUUAUAAAAUUUAUACACCAUGACGUAGAAAGAAAGUUCUUUUUCAUUCUUGAGACUUGAGAGCAUAAUUAAUUGAGAAUACUAUCCGAAAUAUGACUGUCCUAUUUUGGAAUUUU